AUGGAUCGAUUGGCGAAUCAAGGUCAGAGCGAGGGCGCUGGCGCGGGAGAUCUUGCGAAGAACAUGCAAGAUGCACCGGCAUCAACAUCAGCAUCACCAUUGCCUACAAGCAAUCCCAACGAUGGUUCACCAGGAAAAUCAGGCGGCGGAGGCUUAAGCGACUCUAACCCUGGUAACUCUGGCGACUCUGACUCUGGGCAAGCUGCCGUCGAGUUCGAUCCGCAACUUUUCGACUUCGGCCCAGUAUUCAUAGUCGACGCCUCUCAUCAGAAGAGAGACUUCGGAUUUGAAGCCAGUAACAAGACUACCCUCGAAAAGGUGAAAUGGCAGGUUUUCUACAAUAGCACAGUUGACACGCUGGGUUCUUACAAUUUCAAAUCUUCAAAGAGAGAUUUCUAUCAAUUCAUCAAGGUUACAAAUAAUACGGUAUCACUCAACUUCACGGGUGAAACCGAGCAGUUCUAUGGCGAUAACAUGCAGAUCGAGAUUGAUUGGACGAAGGAUGGACUAGAGGGUACAACCAGAUCAAGACUCUUCACUGUCACCAACAACGAGACUGAAAUAGUCGAACUAGAGUCAAAGCUCCAAAGGGACCAGCAGGGACAAGGACCCGCGGAAACAACCUUUUCACCAUCGUCAACCUCGGGAAGCAUUGCACCCACCGGAACCACAGAGGCUAAUGAGAAGUCCGACAGCAGCGGUGGCGGCGGCGGACUUUCGACUGGUGCAACUGCUGGUAUUGCGGUUGGUGCUGUCAUCGGUGGUCUUCUUCUCAUCGGUGCACUAGUAUGGUUCCUCCUUCGCCGUCGCCGUAACAAGCACCCCAGCGAAGACUAUACCAUACAGCAAACCUACGCGGUGGACAAGGAAAUCAAUGGCCGUACCAGUGACUCACCCAACUCACCUUACUCAGAUGAGAAUCACAUGCAGCCUAUCGCCCUUGGAAACGUCGACCGUGAUCGGGGUGUCGCUCCCACCCCCCCACCAGGCCGUUCAUCCGUUGCUUCACACGAUCGUGGAGCCAACAGUGGUGCUCAGACGCCUCAAGGCAUGUCUUCCAAUGUCGCUCACCUUGUUGAAGAUGGAAUGACGGCCGAUGAGAUCCGAAGACUGGAAGAGGAGGAGCGACAGCUGGACGACGAGAUUGAGCGUGCGGCGAGACGAUAG